CCCGGUCGCUGCCUCUCCAGGGCUUCUCUGGGCCGCGCCCCUGCGGACUGCGCAGCCAUGCUGCACCUGCUGGCGCUCUUCCUGCACUGCCUCCCUCUGGCCUCUGGGGACUACGACAUCUGCAAAUCCUGGGUGACCACAGAUGAGGGCCCCACCUGGGAGUUCUACGCCUGCCAGCCCAAGGUGAUGCGCUUGAAGGACUACGUCAAGGUGAAGGUGGAACCCUCAGGCAUCACGUGCGGAGACCCCCCUGAGAGGUUCUGCUCCCAUGAGAAUCCCUACCUGUGCAGCAACGAGUGUGACGCCUCCAACCCGGACCUGGCCCACCCGCCUAGGCUCAUGUUCGACAAGGAGGAGGAGGGCCUGGCCACCUACUGGCAGAGCAUCACGUGGAGCCGCUACCCCAGCCCGCUGGAAGCCAACAUCACCCUUUCGUGGAACAAGACCGUGGAGCUGACCGAUGACGUGGUGAUGACCUUCGAGUAUGGCCGGCCCACGGUCAUGGUCCUGGAGAAGUCCCUGGACAACGGGCGCACGUGGCAGCCCUACCAGUUCUACGCCGAGGACUGCAUGGAGGCCUUUGGCAUGUCCGCCCGCCGGGCCCGGGACAUGUCGUCCUCCAGCGCCCACCGCGUGCUCUGCACCGAGGAGUACUCGCGCUGGGCAGGCUCCAAGAAGGAGAAGCACGUGCGCUUCGAGGUGCGGGACCGCUUCGCCAUCUUUGCCGGCCCCGACCUGCGCAACAUGGACAACCUCUACACGCGUCUGGAGAGCGCCAAGGGCCUCAAGGAGUUCUUCACCCUCACUGACCUGCGCAUGCGGUUGCUGCGCCCGGCGCUGGGCGGCACCUACGUGCAGCGGGAGAACCUCUACAAGUACUUCUAUGCCAUCUCCAACAUCGAGGUCAUUGGCAGGUGCAAGUGCAACCUGCAUGCCAACCUGUGCUCCAUGCGAGAGGGCAGCCUGCAGUGCGAGUGCGAGCACAACACCACCGGCCCCGACUGCGGCAAGUGCAAGAAGAAUUUCCGCACCCGGUCCUGGCGGGCCGGCUCCUACCUGCCGCUGCCCCAUGGCUCUCCCAAUGCCUGUACAGCUCUCGGCUCCCAGCUGGGAAACUGCGAAUGCUACGGUCACUCUUUUUUUUUUUUUUUUUUUGACUUCCUGAAUGUGGUGACCUGCGUCAGCUGCAAACACAACACGCGAGGUCAGCACUGCCAGCACUGCCGGCUGGGCUACUACCGCAACGGCUCGGCAGAUUUUUUUUUUUUUUUUUUCUGCAUUGGUGAGAGUUGCAACCAGAUAGGCUCCGUGCACGACCGGUGCAACGAGACCGGCUUCUGCGAGUGCCGCGAGGGCGCGGCGGGCCCCAAGUGCGAUGACUGCCUCCCCACGCACUACUGGCGCCAGGGCUGCUACCCCAACGUGUGCGAUGACGACCAGCUGCUGUGCCAGAACGGAGGCACCUGCCUGCAGAACCAGCGCUGCGCCUGCCCGCGCGGCUACACCGGCGUGCGCUGCGAGCAGCCCCGCUGCGACCCCGCCGACGAUGACGGCGGCUUGGACUGCGACCGCGCGCCCGGGGCCGCCCCACGCCCCGCCACCCUGCUCGGCUGCCUGCUGCUGCUGGGGCUGGCCGCCCGCCUGAGCCGCUGAGCCCCGCCCGGGGGACGCUCCCUGCACCCGGGGGCCGGGGGUCCCGGGGCGGAGCCGGCGUCCAAGGCCGGGCGGCGAGAAGGGUGCGGCCCGAGCUGCUCCCAGGUGCUACUCAGCAGGGCCCCCCGCCCGGCCCACGCUCCCGCCCGCACUGCCCUCCCCCCGCAGCAGGGGCGCCUAGGAACUCCGGUCCCCGCACCUGCGAUUUGGUUUCGUUUUUCUUUUGUAUUAUCCGCUGCCCAGUUCCUUUUUUGUCUUUCUCUUUUUUUUUUUUUCGCUGGCGGGGAGCCAGAGGGUCGGGAGAAACGCUGCUCACCCCACACCCCGUCCUGCCUCCCACCACACGUGCACACACGGGACUGUGGCCGACGACCCCUGGCCUGUGCCGGGCUCACGGGCGGCGGCGGACCCCGACCUCCAGUUGCCUACAAUUCCAGACGCUGACUCGGUCCUGUUUUCUAUUCUUGAUUUUUCCUGCAACCCAUCAGACCCCAGGCCUCACUGGAGGCCCGGUGACCAAGGAACUCACCGUCUGGGGGAGGAGGAGAGAAGGAAGGGGUGGGGGGCCUGGACAUUUCGUUCUGUAGAGAACUAUUUUUGUUCGUAUUUACUGUCCCCUGUAGGGGGGACUGGGCGGGAGUGCCGGUCACCGCGGGGGCCGAGGGGCGAGAAUCCGAGGAGUAAAGAGUUUGCUCACUGCUGCCUCCA